CGUUCAAAGUCAUCAUCGGGAGCAAACCAACGCAUCGCAUCGGACAAGCGAUGCACCAAAACCUGAUUAUUUCUAUGAAGGAAGAAAAGAAACAUUCUAAGUACUUUCAAACAAAACAAUGUCUGGCCCUGUCGAUGGAACUGGAUUAGCAGAACGUGUAUAGGUUGCACGCAAAGUACCUUCUCUUGUUCUCUUUGCAAGCAACACUCCUUGUAACAUUGACGAAUUCUUUACAUGCUUUGUCAGUUGCAAAAUGCAAUGUGCUAAAAAGCGAAUGUAAUAUUUCUUUAAAAUGUAAAUUUCAAAAGAUUUGCUUUUUUCAUAAGCUUCUUUUCUUUUGACCCUAUAAUAAAAACCUGUACAGCAAGUAAAUGUUGUAUUUCCCCAAGGUUCGUAACCUUUACAACGAUCAAACCGAUAAUCAAGCUUCACUACUUGACGUAUGGGCAGUACGAAGUCAGUCGUGCGUCGGAGAAGAUCGUAGCAUGGUUCGUGAAAUGGUGCCGUGGCAAGUGGCUGGUAUAUUUGCGAUACUGUUACUGCACAAUGUUUGCUACAGUUUCGCACAGGACGAGCUACAAAUCAAAGACUUUAAUGAUAACGAGUGUGGAAAACGUUUGGCCCAGCGCGAAGGGCUAGUGAAGGGUGGAUAUUCUACGCGCCCCGGUGACUGGCCGUGGCAUGUAGCGCUCUAUCAGCGGGGCAUCAAUAGCGAUGGUUUCGAGUAUGCGUGUGGUGGCAGCAUUGUGCAUCGGUAUCUGGUGCUAACGGCGGCACACUGCGUCACGUUUGCGGCAAGCCGACGGAAAAUUCCAACUGAAAAUUUGCAGCUAAAGAUGGGCCGGUUCAAUCUGUCGAACGAUGCGGAGGAGCAUGCGGAAGAGUUUAGCGUGAUCGAAACGAUAGUGCACGUGGGCUUUCGGCCGACCACGUUCGAGAACGACAUCGCCAUCCUGCGGGUGGAAAUUCCCAUCAUUUUCAAUGAUUACAUUCAACCGGUGUGUCUUUGGAAGCGGGACGAUGGGUUCGUCUUGCCGAGUGUCCACGACCAAUCGGGCACGGUAGUUGGAUGGGGACUUUCGGAAGAGAAUCGGCUAGGCGCGGUCCUGAACGAGGCACUCAUGCCGGUAGUCGAUUCGCUGACGUGUUUGGCGAGCGAUCGGGCAUUUUUCGGAAGAUUGCUGUACUCCAAAGCAUUCUGCGCCGGAUACAAAAAUGGGACUGGAGUGUGCAAUGGAGACAGUGGGGGUGGAAUGUUUUUCCAGUUUCAAAACCGGUGGUAUCUGAAGGGCGUGGUUUCGUUUAGCAAUACUAUUGAUGCUACCGGAGUGUGCAAUCUAAAACAAUACAUCGGGUUUACGGACGCUUCGCAAUACAUCGACUGGUUGUACGAAAAUACACCAAACAGUGGAAUCGACGAUCCGAUACUGGGACAUCCCAACAUCCGCCUCAUCAACCAGGGGAACUGUGGACGGAACGAGCAUAUAUACGAGUUCGGUGAGGAUCGUAAACCCAUCUUUAAGCAAUAUCCUUGGAUGGUGACACUGCGCCACCCGUUCGUUGAUUCCGAGUACGUCCCCUGUAACGGAGUCUUGCUGAAUCGAAACUACGUUCUCACGACCAAUUGUGUCGAUUUACAGGAUGAAAUCAGUGUGACACUAGGCGAUUACGAUACGAGCAAGACAAAGGACUGCGGCACUAUAGACGGACGAGAGCAAUGUGUAUCCGGCGUGCAGACGGUGUCCGUGGGGCAACUAUUUCGCAAAGAUAAUCUAGUACUAGCCCGGCUAACCGUUCCCGCUGUGAUCGGUCGGCGAGAUCAUAUUGAGUCGAUCUGUCUGCCGGUCACUCCUCAGCAGCGUGAACGUCUGUACAACCGGUACAUCAUGACGGGCUGGAAGGAGAGUGGAUCUGACGCGCGCAUACUGCAACGAGCACUGCUGGAAGCAAUCGACUUGAACAAGUGUCGGGCCGAAUUUCAAGCAUCUAGCUAUGCAUCCGAAGCGUCGAAGCAGAUCGAUAGCAGAACCAUUUGCGCUCGCAAUAUAAACGAUCCUUCCCGAUCGCCGCAAUGCAAUGAUUAUCAGCCAGGAUCGGCGAUACAGGCCAUAGAGAAGAAAUCUAACCGAUACUUGCUCUACGGGUUGCAGACGGGCAUUAGCUACUGUUCAGUUCCAGAACAGUACAUUGCUAUCAGCAAGUAUUUGCAAUGGAUCUUGGAUAAUAUACGUGGGUAGGAAAGGCGUAUCGGCUUCAGCUGGACGUAAAUACUCAAAAUGUAAGUAAAUAAAAAGGUUAAAACGAGGUAAAAUACUAUUUGCCAGUUGAAUCAAAUUUCAAUAAACAAUUCCUAUAAAACA